AUGUCAAGCACAAAUAAAACUUACUUGGAUCAUUACAACUAUUUAGUCAUUGGAGGUGGUUCCGGCGGCGUAGCGUCCUCCAGAAGAGCUGCUUCUUACGGCGCAAAAGUCUUGCUAAUUGAAGCAAGUAAAAUGGGUGGGACUUGUGUUAAUGCCGGUUGUGUCCCCAAAAAAGUGAUGUGGUAUGCUUCUGAUUUGGCUGAAAAAAUCAAACAAUUGCAAGGAUACUGUUUCAAUGCUGAAAAUGUCAGCGAUGCUACUUUUAAUUACAGUGCCUUUAAACCUAAAAAAGAUGCUUAUAUUCAAAGAUUGAAUCAAAUCUAUGAAAGAAAUUUGGCAAAGGAAAAAGUCGAUUUUAUUUAUGGCUAUGCUACCUUUGAUAAAGGUGGUAAAGUUGUGGUCAAAACCCACACUGAUUCAAAAACAUUCACUGCAGAUCGUAUCUUGAUUGCCACUGGGGGUUCCCCUGUUCAUCCCCCUGAUAUUCCUGGAGCAGAAUUGGGUAUUGAUAGCGACGGUUUCUUCAAGUUGGAAAAAUUGCCUUCAAAAGUUGUUAUUGUCGGCGCUGGUUAUAUUGCUGUAGAAUUAGCAGGUGUCUUGCACAAUUUAGGUUCUGAAGUUGAGUUAAUCAUUAGAGGCUCCACAGUUUUAAGAAAAUUUGACGAAUCAAUUCAAAAUACCAUAACUGAUUAUUAUAUUAAAAAGGGAAUUAACAUUCAUAAAAAUUCACAAGUAAAGUCAAUUGAAAAGAAUGUAGAAUCUGGCAGCUUAUCGGUCUCUUUAGAUAAUGGCAAAGUUUUGGAAGUAGACGGUUUAAUCUGGUCAAUUGGUCGUAGAUCCUUAUCAGGAAUCGGUUUAGAUAAUGUUGGUGUUGAAUUAAAUGAUUUAGGUCAAGUCAAAGCCGAUGAAUAUCAACAAACAACAGCAAAGAAUAUUUAUUCCCUAGGUGAUGUUGUGGGAAAGGUUGAAUUAACUCCUGUGGCAAUUGCCACUGGUAGAAAAUUAGCAAAUAGACUAUUUGGCCCUGAAAAAUUUAAAAAUCAAAAACAAGAUUUUGAAAAUGUCCCUUCAGUCGUUUUUUCUCAUCCUGAAGCUGGUUCAAUUGGUUUAACCGAAAAGGAAGCAAUUGAAAAAUAUGGUCAGCAAAAUAUUAAAAUUUAUAAAUCUAGAUUUACUUCAAUGUAUUAUGCAAUGCUUGAAGAAAAAUCACCAACAAGUUACAAAUUAAUUUGCGCUGGUGAAAAUGAAAAAGUCGUCGGUUUACAUAUUGUUGGUGAUAGUUCGGCUGAAAUUUUACAAGGUUUUGGUGUAGCCAUUAAAAUGGGUGCAACUAAAGCAGAUUUUGAUAGCUGUGUUGCAAUUCAUCCAACUAGUGCUGAAGAACUUGUUACUCUUGUUUAA